AUGUUCGGCUGUGAGCUCCAUGAUGACAACACCACCAGAGGAUACACACAGUACGGGUAUGAUGGAGAAGAUUUCAUCAGUCUGGAUCUGGAAAAUCUCACCUACACUGCAGCUAAACCUCAAGCUGUGAUCACCAAGAACAUGUGGGAUCCUGUAAAACAGUGGACUAGUUACAUGAAGAACUACCUGGAGAACAUCUGUAUCGGGUGGUUAAAGAAGUACGUGUCUUAUGGCAGAGAGACUCUGGAGAGGAAAGGUAAUAAUGUUUUAAUAUUUCUGUCUCUGUGUGUCUCUGCAGAUCCUCCUACAGCAUCAGUGAUCCAGAAACACUCGCCUUCUCCAGAGGUGGUGUGUCACGCUACAGGUUUCUUCCCCAAAGAGGUGAUGAUCUCCUGGAGGAAGGACGGAGAGGACGUGAACGAGGACGUGGAGCUCAGAGAGACGUUACCCAACCAGGAUGGAAGCUUCCAGAAGAGAAGCAUUCUGAAAGUCCCAGCUGAGGAUCUGCAGAAACACACCUACACCUGCGUGAUUCAGCACAGCAGCUUGAAGGAGGAGUUAGUGCUGAAUGUGAGGAACGAGAAUGGUAGAUAAACACUUUCCUAUAAAACUACAGAUUUUUAGUGAAAACUGAUUUACUGAUGCAGCAGAUAAUAAAGACUCCCUGCUUAUUUUACAGGUAGAAGACGGAUUGUCAUCAUCGUUUGGACAGUCGUCUUUCUCGUUGC